ACUUCCCCAAAUACCCCUCGUCCUGUCUUCCUUUUAUAUCACCUUCAUUCUUGUCUUGGUCUCAACAGCAGAUCAUUAGUCACCAUACCUACGCCAGGCUUGAGGGACGAAGUCAUGGCGGCAAACACCCGCGGCCUCGCGAACCUGACGCUGGUCACCAAGCACUUCGGUGAUGCUCCCUCUUUAGAAAGGACUCAUGUCCUCCUCCAGAGGCCAGUGACUCCAGGUGUUCCGAACUAUUCGCGACCUGCGUCCAUGAAGACGACGUCCUACGUUCACCCUCGAAACGAUCGCGGCGGAGUGGGCCGGUCUUCAGUUGGAUCAGACUCGACACCACCUGAUAUGGUCGCCGACGAGGAUGGGGAUGAUCCGGCUUCUGGAGAUGAAGACCACCAGUAUCACCUUCAUCAGUCCAGGCUCUUCGACAGCUUCUGGCAGGAGGGUCCCUUCGAGAACAUGCCGUACCCGGCCCUUCUCGAGAGCCCGUCAGCCCCUCGGCGCCCUGAGACCGAAAUCAGUGCCCCAGCUCCCAAGGCAGACGAUGCCCCUGACCCAGAGGGGGCACAGCUUAAUCAUGUGGAUAGCGCCUGGCCCCUUCGAGGAAAAUCCGUCAGCAAUGCCAAGGCCCCACCGAGAUACUCUCUCUUUCCUCGCGAGACACCCACGAUCUCAAGUAGGCCGGGAUCCUCCCGAUCCUCUGCGCGGCCGCCCCUGGCCCCCAGGAGCAGUUCGCUCAGCCACCAUCCCUCAUCUCAAGCGCCAUUUCUUCCGCCUAUUGCAUCCACUUCAACGCUCUACCUUCCUCUCUUCAGCUCAAGCCGGAGCCCCUCUCCCGUCAACGGUAACCGCCUUGUGCCGUCACCGCCCCCAAUCUCACCUUUAAAUCGGCAGGGCCAAAUUUGGGACACCAGCUCUCGCCCAUACGGGAGCGCAUCCUAUUCGCUGCCCCCCACGCCCCAGGUUGCUGUUCAACAGCACUUCCGCAACCACAGCCUCCAGCUGCCAGAAACUCAGCUUCCCUAUCCUCUCACCCGCGGUCGUUCAGCUACAUGCGUUCCAUCAUACACCUCUGGAAUUUCGGCUCCCACUCAAUACAAUACGGUGUUUUCCGCUGGUCCUUCGUCAGGGAUUUCGUCUGCCGUCACCUCGUCUGCUCCAUCACCACUAGGGACCAACUUUAGAUUCUCACACCAACGGACGUCACCACUACCUAGUGUCAAGCUAACCCCGGCCGAGGUCCCCAUCGAUGAUAUUAGUCCGACAAACCCAAUCAUUACUGGAAUAGAUACAACCAACAAAUCCUCCAGGUCCAACAGCAAAGCCAAGGCUCCGCCUAGGAAGACUCAGAUCGUGUCAACCUCUUGGAUUUUUCCCAGUGUCCAAGAUGAAUUUCCCAUAAUCCCUGCCGCCGAGACAGCCGAGUCAAAUACGCCGACUACGUCUCGACGCUUUGAAAAAGCAUUGCCGCCGCCGCCCCCGCACGGCGGAUCGCUUCCUACUGCGCCUGUAGCCCGCCCCAACCGCCGUCCAUCCGCCCCGCCCCGCAAGCCGUCAGUAGUGUCGACGUCGUUCAUGUUUCCGGAACAACAGGACCACCCGCGCUCAUUUUUCGAAUACGAAAGUGACGACGAGAACGAUGGGGCCAACGGCGGCUCGCCCUCGCGCAAAUCGCGUCUCAAGCAAAUGGUCCGUGGCCUGCAUCACCGGCGCAGCCAGAGCGACAUCACCAAACAGCAGCAUCGCAAGGAUGAGGCGGAUGAAAAGUUAUCGAGGGCGAGGGCUGCCACUGCAGUGAGCGCCCGUGCCGCAGCCCUGCAGCAGCAAAUCAACGAUGCUGACCUCGAGGUCAUGGGUGGCAGUGCUGGUCAAAGCAUGCUGCGCCGUCAGAGGUCCGAGGUGUUUUCGUUCCUUUUGAAGGGACGACGAAUGCAUUAAUGUCUGUUUCGAUUAAAACAACACCCACACACCAUCGAUCAAUUGUUAUACCGACUUUACACUCGUUCAGGCAAAACACUCGCUUACUACCUAUCACUCAAAAUUACCUGCCGACAUUUUUUUCCACCAUUAUCUGUACACUCUAUCUAUACUAUGCAUAAGUCUCGACGGCUUCCCAUCUUUCAUUCCAUUUAUAUUUCCUUUUAAAAUCCAGCCGGAACACCAAACUGUAUACUACUGUCAAAUUCCUAAUGUCUGCUUUUCUUUUUCUUAUUCGAAAAUGUUAUUUUACGGGACGAUUACCCGACAACAAAGGCGCAUACGGGAACGAAGGAUCUACAUCUCACGGCACAGCAUCUUGGCAGGUCUGAGUGAUGACUGAUAAACAUCAUGAAAGGGCGGACACGCCCACACACACUCGAGCUUCAGAGUUUUUUUUUUCAUUUAUUUUUUACCUUUUUUUAUAUUUUGGGAGUUUUUAUUGUUUUCGCUUAUUAUAUAUUCCCUGGAUGAAUCUCGAGAAGAAGAAUUGUUUGACGCAUUGAAUACCUAUCUCGGCUAUGAAACCAUCGGAACUAUUGUGUGGAAAGGGAAAGGGAAAAGGAGGGACGGUAUGGUGGCAAGGUGACCGCUCACAUCAAUGUUGAUGGUCCAGAUCAAUCUCGCAAAGACAGAAAACCCAGGGAGUGGAUCAAUGGACACUGCUCUGUUGGGCUCACUCGAGCUUAUCGGCGAGGUCUUUGUUUGAGAUAUUCUUCUGCCUUGGCCCCAUGUAACGAUUUUAUGAGAAACAAAAAUAUAAUUCUACGUGUCAAAUAAAAAAUUCGGAAGCUUUCGGAUUUUCC